GUACCAUUCCAGCGCGGAGGGGUGGUCGGGGACCUGUCGUAACAUAGACGGAGGAGAAAUUCCCACGUGAACCAAAAGCUCGGUUUCCGUGCAGCGUCUGCGUCCGAGCGGGAACACGUGGUGUCCCUUGCGAGGAGGAAGAGGGACUGUCCGCUCCGCACUCCGGGCGCUCCUUGGUUGGCCCCGGCCCCGGGUUGCCGACGACGGCGACGGGAGCGACGGGUCGGUGCGCGCCAUGCAGGCAGUGCGCGCCGCCGGGUACUGGGCGCUGCGUUCUUGCCCUUGGCCCCGGGCGGCCGGGGUCGUGGCCGGGGCCCGGGGACUGUGCGAUGCGCCCCCGCCGGAGGCAGCGGAGCAGGCGGCCGCGCGGCGCGGCGGCUUCAGCAUCUACCCCCCACUUCCGGGGCAGGAGAGCUCCCUGAGGUGGGCAGGAAAGAAAUUUGAGGAGAUCCCGAUCGCACACAUCAAGGCAUCCUAUAACAACACACAGAUCCAGGUCGUAUCUGCCACCAACCAAUCACUCGCUCGCACAUCCUGUGGCACAGAGGGGUUUCGGAAUGCCAAGAAGGCCACCGGUGUCGCCGCGCAGACGGCAGCCAUAGCUGCAGCGGCAAAAGCCUCAGGGAAGGGGGUGACACACGUCCGCGUGGUGGUGAAGGGCCUGGGGCCAGGGCGCCUGUCUGCCAUCAAGGGGCUGACCAUGGGGGGCCUGGAAGUGAUCUCCAUCACAGAUAACACCCCUAUCCCGCACAACGGCUGCCGCCCCAAGAAGGCCAGGAGGCUGUGAGGGAGGCCAACUCCAGGGAGCAGUCAGUGAGUGGCUGCAGUCUAGAUGGGCAUGUUGGGCAAUGUGGCCUGGCCUCAGCCCUCCCCUCAGAAUAAAGCACUGUGUGGCCACCA